ACAGAGAGCCGAUAGAGGAAGAGCUACUGUGGGUGCAGUUCAUGUUAGCCUAAACGUUGCUGUUAGCAGGCAGCGCUGACAAGUGGUUCGUAGUGUGUAAUUUAGAAACUAAUUUCAGUUUACUAAACCAGGAUUAGGAGUCGUAACCGAGGCUCUCCGACGACCGUUUCGCCAAGAUGAGCUUCCUGUUUGGCAGUCGCUCAUCUAAGACCUUCAAGCCGAAGAAGAACAUCCCAGAGGGCUCCCACCAGUAUGAGCUGCUGAAACACGCAGAGGCGACGCUGGGCAGUGGGAACCUGAGGCAGGCAGUCAUGCUACCAGAGGGAGAGGAUCUCAAUGAGUGGAUUGCUGUCAACACUGUGGACUUCUUCAACCAGAUCAACAUGCUGUAUGGCACCAUCACCGAGUUCUGCACUGAGACCAGCUGCUCUGUGAUGUCUGCUGGACCAAGAUACGAGUAUCACUGGGCUGAUGGGACCAAUAUUAAGAAGCCCAUCAAAUGCUCUGCGCCCAAGUACAUCGACUACCUGAUGACCUGGGUGCAGGAUCAGCUGGAUGAUGAGACACUUUUCCCCUCCAAGAUUGGAGUUCCCUUUCCCAAGAACUUCAUGUCUGUGGCCAAAACCAUCCUGAAGCGUCUGUUCAGGGUUUACGCUCACAUCUACCACCAACAUUUUGACUCUGUGAUGCAGCUGCAGGAGGAGGCCCAUCUCAACACCUCCUUCAAGCACUUCAUUUUCUUUGUUCAGGAGUUCAACCUUAUCGACAGGCGAGAGCUUGCUCCCCUGCAGGACUUGAUCGAGAAACUUGGAUCCAAGGACAGAUAGACAUUUCAUCACAUAACUCCUUUUUUCAACAGUUUUGUUCUCUCCUUCGUCCCUCUUUGUGACCUCUGCUACCUCUAUGACUUCUAGUCUCAACUCUUAAAAUCUGUGCCUUCUUCUUUUCAUUUCCUGAACAUUUGUACUGUAUUUUUCCUUUUAUUUCCUCUGUUGUCUUUUAUGCUGUCUUUGAGUCUUUUUUUUUCCAUUUUGCCACUCCAGAUCAUAAAUAGUGUAAUGUAGUAAAAAUAUUUUUUCACAGGACUGUUUAACGACUCUAUAAGAGCAACCUACUGAAUUUUAUAUUGGACUAAGGACAUUUGGACGUUAAAGUGAAAACCAGUUUUUUUUGAUUGUCUAAAAACUUUUUAGUAAUUUAGUUAUUGAUAGAUAGGUAAUUUUCUUCCUAUUAACUUGUAGCUAUUGUAAUUACAUUGACUGAUCAGAUAUUCCAAUCUUAGAUUUUUUUUUAAUGUCUGUCAUUGUGUGGAAGGUAUUUACAGUCUGACAUGAAGGCAGGCACAAAAAGUCACCAGUAUAUGGUGCAUAUCACUCUGUGUCACAGGCUGGUGGAUGUCUGAUAUUUCACAUUAACCUGCUUCUGGUUGACAUGCUCUUUGUCAUAGUUACAUGUGACGAGCUGAUUGUGAGAUACCUUUGUUCUUGCCCCACAAAAAACACCACCAUUGACUGCAUUAUAGCUAUUUCGAUUUGGUCAUGCAAUAUUGUUUUUUUGCACAUUUUUUGGCUGUUUUCUUAAUUAAGAUAGUAAAAUGCAAGAUAUAGUGCUUACAGUGAUAUUUUUAAUCUGCUUUAUAGGUAUUAUUAAUAGCCACUUAAAGCUUGUAUAAUGACUCUAUACAGGAGUUGUAUAGUAGAAAUCAUCCUUUCAACAGCAAAAAUAGUCUGUGAAUUUUUAGUUUUACUGUCAUUUUUGUUCAUUUCUGUGGUGCCGAUUAAUUGUGGAACUCUUCAUGUUUGUUCUUUCAAUGCUGGUACUUUUUUUUUUUUUUUUUCAAGUAUUUUUCCCCCAGGAUUGGAAAAUAGAAUAAUAACUAUUGCACCUGUGAACGAUAAGGAUGAGUGACCUGAGAUGUAUGUAGUUUUUCAGCAGAAGCCUUUAUAAGUCUUGGUGCAUGUAUAAUUAUCAUGGUCAUUUCCUGUGCUUAACUCAGGCUACAACAGCAGGGCUGUUUGUACUGCCAUCCUUUGAAAAACUAAUGCAGCUAGUAUUUCUGAUGAAUGUUUUGUUUGGUGAAGUAUGAGCAAGGGAAUUGGUCCAUAACCUACAUGUUGGACCUAAAUUCAGACAAUCAUGUAACCAAUUAAGAGUUGUUAGAUAAUAAUCUUAAUUUGAUACAUCAUUAAUACAUCAUCAGGAACCAACCAAUGUGAUUAGGUGCAGUAGAGUGUUCGCUUUGUAAUUUACCACUUUUUGAGAAAGACUGUUCCCAUACAUUGUUGAAAGCUUUUUAACAAUGUGAAAAAACAUGUUUAAUUCAUUUUUAGGUGUGAUACUUUUGGGCCCUCAAGUUGCUUGGUAAAAAAUCAAGUCAGCAUCCAUUAUGUUACUUGUCUAUGGGCAUAUCAAUAUAUUUUGCAAGACUGAUUUAUUGUGAAGAUUUUAUUUGGAUAUACAGUUAGUCCUUUCUUUCAAUCUUGUCACAGUGUUUUGAAAUGUAUUGCUUUUUCUCACCAUUUUAUUUUUAAACUUUUGGCACAGAGUUACAUUUCAUAUUACAUUUUAAAAUGACUCAACCUUUUUGAAUAUGGAACAAGGGCUUUGAAAUGAAUUAAAAGUUUUAUAUAUUUACAGUAAUCAUCCAAUCAUUGGCUGGUCAUUUUGACUGGGAGGAGGUGUGAGGAUGUACUGCAUCCGAACAUUUGGUGUAAAUAAUAUCAGUGUUUUAUCUGAACAAAGCUGUGCCUUACACAAAUGAAAAUGUCUGACAUUGACAGUAUUGGUAGAUCAAAUACUCAAUAAACACUGAAAGGAC